AUGGUUGGUGGUAUCAUUGGAUUAGUAGCUACCAUUUAUUUGAAGCCACGACGAAAUCGAUUCAAUGAAAAUUCGGUGCAUCAAAUGAGCUCACCAACAAAUGCGCUUCUUGGAACUUUUAUGCUUUGGUGGGGUUGGUUCGGAAUUAAUUCUGGAUCAGCUUGGGGUGUCACAAAUGGUCGUUGGCGACUUGCAGCUAGGGCAUCGGUGGCAACAAUAAUGAGUUCAAUUGGAGGUGGUGUCACAUCGAUUACAUUCAGUUUUGCUAAAACAAGAAAAUUACAAGUUAAUUAUUUAAUUUUUGGUUUACUCUCUUCAGUAGUUGCAAUUACAGCAAUUUGCGCCGUUGCACGACCCUGGCAUGCAUUGCUGAUCGGUGCAAUUAGUUCAACCAUUUCUAUCUCAGUAAUACCGGCUCUGGAAUUUUUGAAAAUUGACGAUCCGGUUGGCAUUAUACCAAUUCAUCUUACAUCAUCCAUAUGGGGUAUGUGCGCAGUUGGUAUUUUUGCUGAAGACGAUCAAGUGCUGGCAGUAACAAAUGGACAUUAUGGUUUGAUAUAUUCGGGAAGUUUUAAAUUACUUGCAAUACAAAUGCUUUGUACAAUAACUAUUCUCGUUUAUAGCGCUAUCGCCGGACUUCUUGCCCUAAUUAUUUUGGGUAAAAGUCCUCUUGGAAUACGGGUUACAGAUUACGAAGAGCAGAUUGGCGCUGAUGUCGUAGAACAUGGUUUAGCUGGUACAAAUAUUGCUCGAUAUCAUCUUGAAAAGCCUUUAUCAUCAAAAACUUUUGCGACUGUUACAAAAGCAAUAACAAAAUGGAAAAUUCAAACACGUACUAAUCGAGCAUUACGUCAACAAAAUGCUGCACUUGGAUAUCGACAAGAAUCAGAUAGUGGUACUAUGCUGAUGAGACAACGUAAAAAUAAACUUUCUAACGGUGCAUUCUUUUCACUAAGUCAUCAUAUUCGUUCACGCAACUCACCUUCACGUACAAAAACGUCUACUACGCCAGCAAUAUUACUUUCAUCAAACUUUUCAAAAGAAACUAAUCGACGUUCUAUGCCACCGUUUAGGAAAAAAGAAGAUAAUGUUAAAUGUGUAAAAAUCAAUGAAAUAGCAGCAUUUACUUCAAAACGACGAAUGGAGGAGGAAGAUGAAAAAAAUCCAAAUUGCAGUAAAAGAACACAGUCAAAUUUUGUUCCAAUGUUGGAUAGGUUUAGCAAUAAUAUCAGUGGUACGUUAAAGUCAUUGAAUCCAGAUCAAUUACGAGUUGAUGUAAGUAGUGGAUCAGCACAAGAAGCUGGUAGAUCAUUAGAUCAUAAUAUUGUGUCCGAAAGAAGGGUACUCCAAUAUGUGACACCAAAUAUAGAUUCAGGGAGUGCAACCAGAAUUGUUACUUCUGCCACAUCGUGUAGGAAUAAAAUUUUACCAUUAAUUUCGGAUGCUGUUUAG